UAAGACGAAUACCAAGGGAAGGCUAUCGCGCGAUCUCCUUAUGUUUUAUUUACAUGUUUCAGAAAUUUGCCAUUGUUUAGUUUAUUCUGUACUACAGGCUGCGGAAUAAAGCUAUAUUUGCAUUCUAAAGAAUAAACGUUAUGUAAGACCGCCCCAAUCACUUGAAGGUUAAUUAUCAUUCGGCGAUAUUUACGUUAAACUGUGUUUGCUUUCCCAUUAGGGUACCUCUAGCACAGACUUAGAAGGCCAUGACUACAAGUACAGAAACGUUUCGAUCAUGUCACAAGUAGUAACAGUGUAUAACUUACAGUAAAUAUUUCUACAAGAUUCUCCUAUAUUAUGUGUAGUUGAAAAAGUUACAACUAACGUCUGGCUGUGACGAACAAUAAUCCUGAAGAAGCUUACUUCGGCCCCUACUUAUCCGCAUGUGGGCACAAUAGGGACGUAAAGGUUCACAUGUGUUGUUUAUCUUGUCUCGAGGAUCACGUUCUCUUUACCUGUUUUACCAAACUGUAUUAGUUAAUAUUGCAGGCUACGUUCAGAGAUCUGUGGAUUUUGUCAGCGUCUUUAUUUCUACCUAUAGGAAUACCCUUGAUGUUGGGUGUCUUUCGUAGACACUUGAAACCCAAACGGAGCGAUGGUGGGAGAAAGGACAAGACAAGAGAAGAUGGCUGUCACGAAUCAUUGACCAACCACAAGGAGACAACUAGUCCUCCACGAGCCGUCCGUGACGCAUGCCAGGUUCAUCGACAAGAACCAGAUAAGGUUAAUGUGUUAGGGAAAGAACGUUCAAUUCUAGUGACAAGACAACCAGAUAACUCGGAUUUAUCAGAUAAAGAAAGCAAACAGUUCAAUGAUUCUGAUACUUGGGAACUUAAAAAUAAGCAAUUACAUUGUGAUAAAAUUACAAAAGAUUGUAUAAGGGAGCUCAAAGAAACAAGUGCACGAAGUUUCAAGGGGAUUGAAGGCCAAGUGAAAAUAAAUAAGAAACCAUUAGUCAAAGAUCAAGCAGAUACUCGUGUAGAAAAAGACCAGCACUUGCAGAAAUUCUCGAGUAACAUCUUAUUUGAUGAGAGUAGCAGUGAAAAUCUGAAAGACCAAGGUGAAAGUGAUUGUGAACUGUAUUUAAACUCCUUCAAGCAUAGUAGGGGGAUUAACAACGUUCCCGAGCAAAAUUUGAAUCCAGGUCUCCUUAGUUCUAAAAAGAAUGUUGAAGAGCAAUUAAAUGAUUUUUCUGGUUAUGUAAACAGUAUAGAGUGUGAUGAUGGAUAUUGGUUUGCGAAAAGUGGUGAAGUAUAUGAAAAGGUUAAUUUUGCAGAAAAUUUCACAGAUUCGCAUAGUGAUGAACAAGAACCAGAUGGUGUACAGAAUCUCGAAAUGGAAAGAGAAAAAACUGACCCUGUAAAGGAUUUGGUGGAAAGAAAGAUCACAGAGCUUCACUAUCUUCUGGAAAAAGAAAGAUUAAAAUUGACUCAGGAAAAACGAAAUGUAGCCCAGCUGAAACGUCAGUUGAACUCGUGGACUUUCUCACAGAGAAUAGAAUUAAAGGAAGAGCUUCAAAAAGAAAAGAUGCAUCGACUAGAAGUAGAAGCAUGUCUCAAAGAGGUGCGGGUAGAAAGUCAACGUUGUAAGAUUCAUUUAGCAAGUUUGCAAGAAGAUUUUCAACAAAUGGAAGAAAUGGUCAAAAAGAUGCUUCAGUUCCAGACACGUAUUGACCAGUUAAGACAUGAAAAAUUAUCACUUGCCUUAGCUUAUGAGAGCAAAAUCAGGAAGUACCAGACAUGCCUGACAUCGUUAGAAAGAGAAAAUCUUCUGCUUUUAAAUGAACUUUGUAGCUUAGAAGCAUCCAACAAAGAUCAUGAACAUAAGGGAGAACAAUAUUUGUCUAGAGUUGUGCUUGAAAGAGUUAGGCUUCUGGAACUGGAAAAUACUGCUUUAAUUACUGGCAAUGAACAGCAACGCUUACAGUAUGAACAUUGUCUGGAUGAUGUUGCCAAUCAAGUUGUUCAGGUGUUAUUAGCUCAGAAGGGUUUACGAGAAGAAUGUGGAAAGUUGCAACUAAAAGUCCAGGAUCUUGAACAGCAGAACAAAUCCUUGAGUGUCUUGAUUAAGCAUCACUUAUUAUGUCCUGCAGACUUCUCUUCUCAGAUCAACAUCACCCCACAGCUCUAUGGUAGAGAAGCUUUGAAAAGAGUUUGGUGCUCUUCAUCUAUUUUUCCUGAUACAGACACUGUGGAUAUGAUUUUAUCAGAGAAAAUACAGAGGCCUGGUGGUGACUCUCCAACGCAUACUAGUCAUUCUGAAGACAGUACAGAUUCCUUGUCUAGUUUUUGCAGUGAUUAUUCAGUCAAUAGUGGAAGUAGUGGAAGGAAUAUAAUUUCACAUCCAGGACUUCCAAAAAUGAGUUCCCCACUUCAGUGGCUUAUAAAUCCUCCCUCAAUAACAGGUUAUAGUUCUGUACCUUCAACCUCAAGGUCAAACAUUCUAACAAGAUCUUUACUGACAAAUACUCCCUAUGGGCUCAAUAGAUCCUGUAUGAUUAAACACCUGGCUUACGUUGCUCCAUAUUUUUCUAAUCCAGACUGUUGUAGCAAAGAUAAAGUUUGUACAUGUGCUCUGCAGGCAGAAAAAAUAGAAUUAGGAGAAAGCCAUAAACCCAAAGCUCAGAGUGUUAUAAAAAGAAUAAAAAAUGACCUGACCAGCUCUAGGCCUUUACUGCAUAAUUGCAAAAGUGCUCUAGAGCCAACAUGUUAUAGCCAAAAUAGUUGCAGGCAAUCAGUUGAUCUUUCUGGACUUGAUACCAUGAAAACCCCCAGUGAAGACCUUAAAACUCUGGAAAACCUUCCAUACACGACAAGUUUUCAAAGGUUGUUAUUUUCAAAAGAAAAUAGCAUGCAGCAAAUCCCACAAACUAAUCAAUCUGUUCAAACAAAGAUCACUCAAAAUACAGCAUGUAUUUGCAAAUCACCAGUAACCAGACAUUCUGCUUUUCUUCCACAAGAACUUCAAUUUGCAUUUUCUGCCAUACCUACAAGAGAGUUAGCCUCAACACACAGUGAUAUCUGUAAAUCAGAACACAGCAUUCCACGCCCCACCAGUUUAAAUGUUGUUCAUUGUGAAACCUUGCACAGUGUUAGCUUUCCAGCAUUAGAACAAAAACGUCAUGAUACUUGUGAAAAUGUUUAUGAAGAAGUAGACUUGCCACAUUUUCCAACUGAAAAUACUAGCCCAUUAAGAAUUCCUGAAAGUCCAAAAUAUUCAGCUUCUCCAAAUAAAAACAAUCUUCUUGAGAACUGGUUUAUAAAUGAAUCUAGUCCAAAGCUAAGCUCUUUAGGUGAAGAAUUUACUAAUACUGUGAUUAGAAGAGGUCAUGGAACAACAGAGAUAACUGAGUGUUGUGCCAAAUAUGAAGUUUCAAAAAAUGUUGGAUUUUCAUCUGAGACAGCAGAAGUACAGUUUCAAUCAAAACAGCUUCCUGCUUCUCCACCCCUCCAAUCUCUUGAAGAAUGUUUAGAAACUGGUAAAGUUUUAAAUGAAAAUGUGUGUACAUAUCAUUCAGAAAAAAUCCAGAAACAAGACAAAACUAUCCAGUCAUCAGAAGGACAAGCUUCUAGGUUAUCAGGUACUGUACCUAAAAAUGGAGGCCCCAUAUCAGCAGAAGGACCAGAACAUGGCAGUAAAGAUGAAGGAAAUUUCACCCUGCCAAGUCAUGUACAAAUGGACACAAAUAUAACAACUAAUUCCACUGAUGUGAACAAGGAUUCAAAAUUAACUGUAGAACCAGUUCUUCCAAAGUACUUAAUCAGUGCAGCGGAUCUAGAUUCUAUAGUGGUGUCAUCAACUGAUAGUGGGUUUGAAUUACUCCGUGACCCUCAAGACCAGAGACAACUAUCUCAAAAUGCAGAUGAUAGAUUUAUGGGCUUUGAACAAGAAUUGGAUAGUUCUGUGAGUCAAAAUGUACCGUCAGUGCCUCUGUUAGAUAAAGAACCAUCAGUUAGAGUCUCUCCUACUUUAAAUGAUGCAAUUGAAAAAGAACAGUCAGACAGUAAUCUAAUGGACUUGUUGUAUAUUAAUAAAUGUUCCCCCUUCAAUCAUCAAGAGAAAAAUAAUUUACCACAGUCUAAUCUAUCAAACUUGGAACCCAGCAAUGAUAAAAUCUUAAGCCUGCUUACGCCUCAGGGAUAUAAAACAGAGCGGAAUAACAUGAGAAGAAUAGCUCUUCCAACCCUUCAGUUACCCAGUGCUUGUCAAGUUAAAACUGCAGAGAAGUCUACUUCAACUGAUUUGCAGUAUCUUGGUCUAGACUUCCAUUUUAGUGAUAGUAGUCUCUCAGUGUCAUCUUCUGGAAGUACUCCUAGAUCUAAGGCAUUUAAAGAAUUGGUGUUGAAUAGGGUUAAACAACAAGUACAUAAAGAAACCCAGGUAGAACUUGACAGGGACUCAACAUUAAACUUUUCUAAUGGAAGUACAAAUAGCUAUAGAAACAAAAUGGAAGCAACUAACAUUUCCAAAGUAGAAGAUGAACAUCUUCAUAAGAAAUGUGUUAAUUACAAUACAUACCAGGAUGUGACUUUAGACUCUUUUCUAAAGUACUCUAUUUGUAGUUCUGACCAAAACUGUAUUCGACAUGAAUGUCAUCAAAGUUUAUUAUGGCCAAUAAAUCCAACUAUGUUGAAUACAUUCUCCAUAAGAAGGGUCGUUUCAGAUUCUUUUCUUUACAUUAAUGAGAAAACAGACUGCAUAUUUCAUGAUUAUAUGAAAUUAGCUUUUCCUAGUGGUGAGCAUGGCCAAGAAAGACUAAAUCUCCAACCACUUGAACGACAUUCAUCUGCCAAGAAUCUUUUUUACCCACCACCUUCUGUUACUUUAAAGUUUUUGCCAGGACUCCAACGGAGCCAUUGUCGAGUAUUGGUGAAACAAAGGCAAAGUAGAGUGAACCAUAACUUAAGCUGGAAAGAUUCUAUGAAAGCAUAUUGUAACUUGAGUGAUGAAGAUGAAAAUGAUUUGAUGGAACAUCAGAGUUUUGUCCAGCAGUGGCUUCACCAGAAUAAUUCUCAAUGGCAUGAAACUUUCCAGAAUGUAUAUGAUGAAGAAGAAAUUGGCAACUGGACUUUUCAACUUUCCUUGGAAGAUGUCAGUCAACCUGCUGGUAGUUCAUAUGAUACAUGGGAAUCCACUCCUAAUGACCAGGAACCAUGCAGCCAAAUCCAUGAGAUAACAGCAGAAGAUGAAUACCAUGAGGAUUUGUGUAAUCAAGCUUUAUGGACAAGUGGUAUUGUCCAGGAAACAACUACUGAUUCUUUAGCCGUAUUAAAUAAAGAAAAAUAUCCCAAAUUGUUCAAUAAUCAGAAACAUGUAGUAAGUAAUGGCUCCUUUUGUGAGAAUGAACAUGUAGAAAUUAGCCAAGGCAAUGUAAAAGAUAAUAUAAAUGUGAAUUUUGAAGAGUGUGAAGUAUUGUUUGAUAAGUCAAAAAAUAAGGAAAUGAAUUUUUUAGAGUUGUUCCCAAAUUUUUCAGUUUCUGACCCUCAAACUGUUUUUAACUAUUCAGACAAUUUUCAGAAUCAACAAGAGAAUAAGGGAGAAAGGCUAAGUGAAACUGAUAAUUGUCUUGAUGAUAAAGAAUUACAAGAUAAAGAAACAAGUACUAAUGUCAGUGAAGAAGACAAAAUCAUAAAAACUGGUACAACAGAAUUUUACAGAAACUUCUAUAGGUUGUAUCCUCUUGGCUCCACUAAAAGUCUGAAUGAUUCUCUUAAAAUCUUACCAAAAUAUAAACCAGUAGGCUCCUCAGAACAGGAAAAGAAAGCUUUAAAUCACAUCUUGUUAUUACAAGUACAAUUUAUUCCAAAAAGUCUUUCAAAACCUGAACUAGCAAAGUUAUCAAGACAGCAGAAUGAAUAUCUGACAAAUUUGUUUUUGUUACAGAAGCAAUCCUUUAAAGAUGUAAAUGACUAUUUAAAGAAAUUAUCAGACAAUGAAUCAAAAGACUUUUCAAAACAGGAGAGCAAAUAUCUAAACAAUACACUAAUAUCACAGAAACUGGUCAUCAAAGCUCUACAUAAUUCUUCAAACAAUUUCCUAAAAGAUGAACCCAAGAACCUUAGUUUUCCAACAGAGGAGAAUACAUCUUUGACAGAUUUGUCAUUAAUGAAAACACUGGUUAUUAGAGAUCAAAACAAUACUCUAAAUGGUUCAGCAGGAGUUGAAUCAAAAGAGAAUUCUUUAUGGCUCAGGAACAAAUCUUUGACAGAUUUGUCGUUGGUGAAGAAACAGACCAUUAUAGAUCUAAGGGAUUCUCCAAAUAGUUUAAAAUCUGAACCUAUAAAUUAUUCAGAACAGGAAGAUAAACCUUCAACCAACCAAGCAUUAUUACUAGAACAUUGUACUAAUGAUAUAAAUUAUUUUCCAAAGAGUAUACCAGUAGUUGAUUCAUUUACUUGCCUAGAACAGGAAGACAGAUCUUGGAAAAAUCUAUCAUCAUUACAGAAACAGUCUAGUGAAGAUUUUGAUGACUUUCCAAAUAGUUUAGUAGAAACUGAGCAAAUAAAUUCCUCAGGACAGUACAACAAUUCAGUGAGAUAUUUUCAUUUACCUAAAAAACAGUUUUUGAAAUGUCAAACAGGAAAGUUAGAUAAUUUCCAAAAAGAUGAGUAUAUAAGUGCUUCAGUGCUGGAACUUUCUAUGAUAAGUACAUCAUUAUCCAAAAAAAGUGAAGGUGAAAAUUCACAUGAAUUUUCAGAGAAUUUACCAAAAUCUGAAUUGUGUAAUAUUCCAAAACUACAAGGUAAUUCAUUAUCAUUAUUACAAGAAUAUUCAAUUAAACAUUUUGAUGACUCUGUAGAUAAUUUGCUAAAGUCUAAAUCAAUGAAUAGUUCAGUAAAAGAAGGUGAUAUUAUAACAAGUCCAUCAUUAACACAUGAACUAUCCACUGACAAUCUUGAUGGUUCUUCUGAAAGCCUACUAAAAGUUGAAUUAGUAAAUACUUCAGAACAAGAAGACAGGUUCAAAACAAAUUCAUUACUGGCACAAGAACAGUCUACAAAACGUCUUGGUAGUUUUUCAAAAAGCUUAUUAGAAUCUGUAUCACCUAGUUGUUUGGAGCAGAAAGACAAAUUGACACAUGCUUCAUUGUUAUCACAAGAACAGACUUUAUUUGAAAAUUUAGAUAGACAGCCUCAAAAUAUAGAAAAUUUGUGUAUCAUUAUUGAAACACAUAAUCUCCAUGAAUUAGAUGAAUUCAAACAUUUUUUAAGUAAUCUAGAUAAAUCAGAUCUAAAAGGAUCAGAUACUGUAGCAGUUGAAAAGGUUAUAUCUCACAGCAAUGAAUCUGAUAUGGGUUACCAUAAAGACUUAAAUUUGCAUCAGGAUAAAAGAAAAAAUUAUGCAGGGGAAAGAUUAAAUAAACAUGUAUGUAUGGAUUCACAAAAAGGAAAGGUUAGCCGUUGCUUUUCGUUGAAGAUACAGAAACCACAAGAAUGUAUACAUGCAAAAGGAAAUGUUAUGCAAGAUGUCUCUGUUGUGUCCAAAAAACUGCAUAAAAUUCCUGCGAGAAAAUCUAGAAAUAAAGAUGCUUCCAGGAAUCUAGACUUGCAAAGUCCUGUCAGUUCUAGUAGUAAAGAAAAAAUACACAGACUUGAAAAAACUAAGAUGUCACACGUAGCAAAGAGCCCAACUUGUGAUAUAAAUCUUAAAGACCUAAGCAGUUGUUCUGCUUCCUCUUCAAAACAAGAUCUUGAUAAAAAACACUUAGCUAGAGGAAGACAGUCCAGUGUUAAGAAGUCACAGUCUUCACAUCGAGCAUUAAAGCAAAUCAGACAACCUCAUCAACGAUUAAAUGGUAAUGGAAGAAAAGGUAACAGUUCAGAUGCCAGAAGAUCUCCCCAUAAAUCUGAUUUUUCAAGAAGAGAAUUGACAAGUAAAGGUAAAGAAAUUACAGUUUAUGUGAAGAAAAAAAACAAAAGUGAAACUAAUAAAAUCAAAGAAGUGCAAGUGAAACAACUUCAAAUUAAACAAGCAAGUUUUCCAGAGGAAGAGAGAGAAAAGAAAAAUAAUGAUCUUCUAAAAAAUUCACCAGUAGUAACAUACACAUGUUCUUGUAACUUAGUUGAUGUGACUAUGGAUAGAAGUAAUUUAUCUGUAGCAGAAAAAAUCCAACAUUUAAAUUCCCUCCUUGAACAGGGUGAGAAAGAAAAAGUGUCUGCUAUUCCUUCUUUGAAACACUGUGAUGCACAAAGGCAGAAAUCUGUCUGUGAACAACUUACUGUAGAACCUUCUGUAGAUAAAAGCCUUAGACAAGAAGAAAAACAUGUACAAGUGUCUGGAAAUAAAGAAGGUUGUGAUACAUCUUGGAUUCAUGUAGAAGCUGAUGUUGAUCUAAGUGAUCCUAAGGCAAGAGCCAAUUUGUUAGAUUCCAUGAUAGAAAGUAGCAGUAACAGCAGUGAGGAAGAAAAUGGUGAUGAAGUACAGGAACAUCAACAUAAUCAACGACUGCAUGCCUUACAUAGAUUUCGUAGGCAAAAGAAACGAG